AAAGAGGGAAGCCAAAGUUAUACAAAUGUCGUAUAUUUGUGUAAUAAAGAAUUUGCGAUUAUUGAUCUAUCACUUGCGUAAAGUUCGGACGCUGGUUUUGUAACUAGCGCAGAUAGGUAUUUUGUCGCGAAAAUCUGAAAAAUUUACAUUCGUCUUCGAUAACAAAUGCAAAAGAGCAAAUCAUGGAUAUGGAUGAGGAGACGAAUUUUAGAGAAUCUACUGCGCAAGUCGUAUUGCGCAUCCUAGCAGUCAACGGAUUGACCGCAUGGUGUGCAAGCCGUCUGCAUUGUAGGAUUGGUCUAAAAUUCACAAGGAACUAUAUAGUAAAGCAUAACCAUGGAUUCCUUGGGAAGUAGCUUGUCGGGACUGACAGGGUCCCAAAAAGAUGAAUUAAUGGAGAAAGUUAAGCAAGAGAUUGCAUUAGCUAAUUUUCAAGAGCUGCUCACGAAAAUCACAGAAAAGUGCUUCAAACAGUGUAUUUCGAAGCCUGGAACUAGCCUUGACAAUUCAGAACAAAAAUGUGUGGCAAUGUGUAUGGACCGAUACAUAGAUGCUUACAAUGCAGUGUCGAAAGCUUACAGUAGUCGGAUACAACAGGAGCGUCAUUGAAAUUAAAGAGCUAGGCAUUGUUUUUAGUGAUAUGUUAUAUAAUGUUGCAUUUUAUACAUACAUGGUCUGUUAGAAAAAUACUAUCUGAAGAUUGAACGGAUUUCAGUUUUAAGCAGAACAGAGUAAAUUGUGGCAUUUUUGAUUGACCACUUGAUUUAUCAUUAAGUUCACAAAGGUUAUAUACAGAAUUUAUGUAUAUAAAAAAAAGCUUAUGUGUAUAAAAUGGUCUUGUAAAUAAACUGUUUCUAUUCAAAUUAAUACAAAUUAUAUUCAUAUUAAAUGUAAACAAAACUAAGUAUUACAAACAUACAACAUACUUUUUUUCAUCAGA